GUCGCCAUAUGCGCGCCAUGGGAGAGAGGCGCACAAAACUCGAUUACAUUUUUUACGCCGCUAGGGGCGCGGCCGUCGUCGGGAGCGCUCGAAAUUUUCGCGCUACAGCCAUUGCUACAGCUGCUACAGCCACGUGUAUUUGGCACUGUGCGCAAACUUCUACACGUGCAACUGUAUUUGUGUGACUCCUGGACGCGCACCAUGUGAAUGAUUGCGGAUAGUGACACACUAUUACCAUGCCAGCGAAAGCAGGUACGUGUUUUGUACCCGGAUGUAAAAGUGGGUACAAGUCGUGUCCGGCAAGGGUGUCCUCGUUUCGAGCUCCCAAGCAUGCAUUGCAACGGGAGCAGUGGGCCCGUAAUAUAAAACGGGGUGAUAAGGAACUAACCAACGACUGCGUCGUUUGUGAACGUCACUUCGAGGCAACGUUUAUACAGCCGACUUAUCGUCAUCUUAUCAAUGGUGAGGUUGUUGAAAUUCCACGCGAUCUGCCGCUGCUAACAGAGGACGCCGUUCCUACAAUCUUCCCGGAUGCGCCAAAAUACCUCACAAAGAAAACACCGACUAGCAGGAAGGAGACAAACCUGUGUGAACAAGGUGAGCCCACGAUUAAAAAAAGAAGGACUACGGUAAAGCAGCAGGCGCCGGAAGAAAGUGAACAAGUAAUAGAAGCACAACAUGCUGCGGAAUCGGAGUUUACCGAAGCUGUACAUAUUGACACGACAGAGGUGGAGCCGCAGAUUCAAGUCAGUACGGAAUACGUGUGCCGCAAUAUCGAACUUCCUAGUACAAGCUGGAACAAACUAUCGUUUUCCACAGAACCAGGGACCGUCACUUUCGGCCUUUGCGAGUUAGAGGGUGCCGAGUUGGAUCACCUACUGCUGCCGAAAUUGGUGAAGUUUGAACAGGCCGUUGAGCAAGUAGGAACAGUCAGUUGUUCUGUUUUUCUUAGGGGCAAGCUGCACCUAAAAUGCAAUGUUUCUUCACCAGAUGGCGCGCAGUUGGCGCUGAAGCGCACAUCUCUGGUUUUAUGUGCUGGUUGUGGUAUGAAACCAAACACAGUCGGAAAAUAUGAGUAUUUUGCCAGCUUGUACAUUUCGCCUAAGUGCAGCCUUGCGUGCGGAAGUAAGGGCCCUUGCAUGCAUUGCAAGUACCUACGAAAGCUCUUGCAAAAUCAGCAAUCACGAUGGAAGCAUGGCGUUUCAGUUAAACGCCUUGCAAGGCAUGCCAACUCUCGCCGCCGUCUGGUAGCUGCGCAACGAAAGCUGCUGAACGUUCAGAGGGAACUCGACAUGAUGAAGUCUGCCAAUGAGCAAAUUGGAGAUGAGGCAUUGAAUGAACGCGUUAAAAGUUUGCCUCAGAAACAACAGAUGGCAAUUAUGGCAUGCUUCAGUGCAGCUAAAAGAAAAUCGACAUGUGGCAUGCUGUAUGAGAAGAAUUGGAUCCUAGAGUGUGUGCUGCUUCGCAUGAGGAGUCCAAAGCUCCAUGAGCACCUUUGGAAGCAGAAAAUUCUCGUCCUGCCAAGCCGAACUUGUCUACAGCGUUAUGUGCGCAGUUUCAAAAGUGGCUUCGGAUUUAAUGACACUGUGUUUAAGGCACUUAGUGCGAAGACUGAAAGCAUGGAUGUCUGCAGCCGACAUGGUGGCAUCAUUUUCGAUGAACUGAAGCUGUCUGAGCAGUUUGGUGUCAACCAAGCAGAUGUGUAGUACCUACGUUUCUCUACACCCUACACGAUUUAAAUAUGAAAGUAAUUAUUUGAUGCGAA